UCGGUACACUUUUCGUUUAGCAGGGAGGAGUCAGCCGCUAGUUUCUUUAUUAAAGUGACAUGUUUUAUUGAAUUAACAGUAAUUCACAUAACAUGAAUCGCACCGUCUCUCCAUAAUGUAGUCUGCCUAUGUCGACGUAACGCUAUCGAUCAGUAACCGGACAGUUUUUCGGUAAAAUAUCGACGGAAAACUGGCGGAACAGGAAGGAGGAACAACAAGAUCUCACACAGAGUCGAAACAAGUAACAAAAGACAAUCCAUAACAAAAACUCUGCACUGGUUGUUUACACAACCUUUUGACUGCUUCCAUUUCAACAGUAAAUAAUUCACCAGAAGCAUUCAAACAAAUCACCCACUGCCACCACAUGCAACCAUGUCCAUGGCCUUGAAACAAGUCUUCAACAAAGACAGGACAUUCCGGCCCAAGCGCAAGUUUGAGCCCGGGACGCAGCGCUUCGAGCUGCACAAGAAGGCCCAGGCGUCUCUGAACGCGGGGCUGGACCUGAAGCAGGCCGUGCAGCUGCCCCACGGGGAGGACCUCAACGACUGGGUGGCUGUCCACGUGGUCGACUUCUUCAACCGCAUCAACCUCAUCUAUGGCACCAUAAGCGACUCCUGCACCGAUCAGACCUGCCCCGUAAUGUCUGGCGGGCCCAAGUACGAAUACCGCUGGCAGGAUGAGAACAAGUACAAGAGGCCGACUGCUCUGUCGGCCCCCAAAUACAUGAGUCUGCUCAUGGAUUGGAUCGAGGUACAAAUCAACAACGAGAACAUCUUCCCCACCAACAUUGGUACUCCAUUCCCUAAGACCUUCAUGCAGGUGGCUAAGAAGAUUUUGUCUCGUCUGUUCCGGGUCUUUGUUCACGUCUACAUCCACCACUUCGACCGUGUGAGCCAGAUGGGGGCCGAGGCUCACGUCAAUACCUGCUACAAGCAUUUCUAUUACUUCGUCACUGAGUUUAACCUCACCGACCACAAAGAGCUUGAGCCUCUGAAAGAGAUGACCUCUCGGAUGUGCCACUGAGGGAGAACAGCUGACCUGUGGACUUACACCGGGCAAACACAUCCGUCCAUCUAGAAGACUGCAGCGGAGAACUUAAAGAACAAAUGAAUUCAAAAAAAGAGUCUAUUUUUAUAUUUAAGUACUGUAAUCUAUUUUAGCUGCAUACUGUAGGUUUUAACCAAGAACCAUGUCAUGUGAGGUGUUCUGUUCCUUUUAAAAAAGUUUUAUCAGUAACAUUUUAUCAGAGCACAGUAUUAAGAGGUUGUAUGUUCAUGUUGAUGUUUUGUUUUCUAUUUUACUUGACUCUUGAAUCAUUCCAGGAUGCUUCUUUCAUUUCCUUCUGUCUAAAAAGAUCUAAAAUUAGUACGAUAUGUUACUGUACAUCGAUAAAUUCCUUAUGUUGUUACAUUAAAAUCCUCUACUCUGUUAUAA